AUGACUGACCAUAGAGCUGAAGCCAACGCCGUUUCCGGCCAGCCCCUGCUCAAGAAGAAGCCCAAAAGAAACCUGUACGCCAUCGGUUGCGCCAUUUUGGCUUCCAUGACUUCAAUCUUGCUGGGCUACGAUAUUGGUGUGAUGAGUGGAGCUUCAAUCUACAUACAAGAGGACCUGAAAAUCACGGACGUGGAAGUUGAGAUCCUCAUCGGGAUUCUGAACCUCUACUCGCUCAUCGGCUCCGCCGCCGCCGGCAGAACGUCUGACUGGAUUGGCCGCCGGUACACUAUCGUUUUCGCCGGAGCCAUAUUCUUCACCGGAGCUCUCCUCAUGGGCUUCGCCACCAACUUCGCCUUCCUCAUGGUCGGUCGGUUCGUCGCUGGAAUCGGCGUCGGCUACGCCCUCAUGAUCGCUCCGGUCUACAACGCCGAGGUCUCUCCGGCGUCGUCUCGCGGCGCUCUCACGUCUUUCCCGGAGGUGGAAUCUGAUGCUGUGUUUUCCAGCACCUGUUUCAAAAGGAUUUUCAUGUACAAACUUCAGGAGCCAUGCCGUGAGUUGUGGUCAACAGGGUCAACACCACCAUCGCUAACAGAGCUGCUGAUGAACAGUGACCCAUUUGUACUGUGCCAGUUGCUUGCUCUUUUGAAAGGUUCUGCUGCACUCAUCAAUCCAAGUGGAGAGAGGGCAGGAUUCUUUGGGACGGAGCUGUCACUUUCUUUUUCUCAGUGCUCAACAAAAGGAAUAUCACGCAGCAAUGAUAAAAGUAAAAGAAGAUCCAACAGCAAAUCCACCGAAAAAAAGAAAAAUAAAUAA